CUUAUUUUUAGUCCUAAUCAUAAUAAGUUUAGAAAAUAGAUUCACGACAUUUUCUUAAAAAAUUCCCACCUUGAUUUGAAUUCUCUAAAAAACAUAUGCACCAGAAUCAGAUGUACCAGAUUUUCUCCAGUCCCAAAAGUGACAAGAUGUAUCAUCGGAAAGCUCGUACGUUGUUCAAUCCCCAACCACGAGACAAGAAAACUCAACAACAAGGGCAAUAUGAGAAUAAGAUAUCAGAUUUGCAUGGAGAAGUGAUGGCUUGUGCAUACGAGGACGUACAAGUGAUGUGGUCAAUUUUGGACAAGUCCAAGCCCCGCCCUUGCAAUAUCACUUCCUCUUAAGGACUAUUCGCAAAUUAACUGGACUUUGCAGUAAAAAAAAUAAAAUAAACUACUCGGUAUUUGCUUGAGUUUUUUGAUACUUGUGAUUUUUUUAACAUUUAUAAAUGGGGAUAUAAUAAGUAUGUCUCCAUUUAUCUCGUUUUUUAAUGUAUCAAAAAAUUCAAGCAAGACGUUAAUUGAAAAUGAAGGGAGAAAAUAAUAAUAUAAUGAAACUUUUGAAGACCC